UGCAUUUAUGGGCCUACAGUAUAUUGACUCUUUAUUGCUUGACAAAGAGACUGUUGGAAAGUAGACCUGUUCAACACCUGCUAAACAAUCCAUUACACUGACCUUAGGUGAUAGUUUCACAAGGGUUGUGUUUCUAUGAAGCAAUGCACAAACUGAGGGAAUUUUACACCUGUUGACUUUGAAACAAGAUUAUACAAAUCAAUACAUGAUAAAGGCUUGCCUUAAUCCUUCUGUACUUUUUGUAUUUUUGUUUUGAAGAUUUAUUUAAUUAUUUUUUUGUUGACGUCAUCCUGUACUAUUGCCCAUAUUUGAAAAGACUGUGCUGAAACAGGUGCACAUCAGGGUAUAAAACCCUGUCACGGCCCUAGAGUUGCACUAGCUUUGGAAAUUGAAGGUUUUUGGCAGUCAUGUUUGGGACCAAGAUGAUUUUUGGGCUUCUGGCCCUGCUGCUGGUCAGCUCUGUUAGAGCUGAGGAGAUGGGUUUUUCUGGCAUACAUCACAUGCAGACUGUUCUAGAGGACACUUCUGCUGAGCUGUCUGUUUCUGAACUGUUGCAUAGAGCCAAUAAAGGCAUCAUUCCUGAAGCUGAUGAGCCCGAGCUGUUGGAUGACAUUGCUGUGAAUGAGAGAAAUGCAGAUCCCUGCACCUCCACUGACUGCCUCUGGCCUACAUCUGCAGAUGGCCAUGUUUAUAUACCUUAUGUCAUCGCGGACAACUACUCUUCCCGUGAGGUGGAUAUCAUCCAGCGUGCUCUGGACUCUUUUUCUUCAGUCUCCUGCAUCCGCUUCUUCCCUCGCAACGAUGAGAGAGACUAUAUCAGCAUCGAGUCCCGCAGUGGAUGUUACUCAUACGUUGGUCGUCAGGGUUAUGGCCAGAUUGUGUCUCUUGCUAGUAGUGGCUGCAUUUAUCACAGCACUGUGCAGCAUGAGUUGCUCCACGCUCUUGGCUUCAACCAUGAGCAAACCCGCAGUGACCGUGAUGACCACAUCCAAGUCAUCUGGGAAAACAUCCUAGAUGACAAAAAACAUAACUUCGACAAAAUCAACACCCUUAACCAGGGAACUCCUUAUGACUACAACUCUGUGAUGCAGUAUGAGAGAUAUGCUUUCUCCAAGAAUGGCCUCGCCACUAUGGUUCCCAUUCCUGACAGCAGUGUUGAGAUAGGCACGGCUACUGAGAUGAGCCAGAAUGACAUGACCAGACUCUUCAGACUCUACAAGUGCAAGCACAUUGUUGCCACUGAUGACUAAUCUUCUCUAGAUUGGUUUGCCAUUUUCCAGAGAGAACGUCCUAGUUUCAUCUGACACCUUUUUCAAGCUCUCAACAAUAAAGUCAUAAAACUGCAAA